AUGUGUACUCUUAUUCGCAGUUGUUGGUAUUUAUAAAAAAUGAUAGUGGCUUGCGCCCUGGGGCUUAUAUUUUAUUAAUUCCGUCGUCGUAGAGUGUAUAAAGUGUUUAUCGAAUUUUUUUCUAAUAAAAAUUAAUUUACAGUGUUUAAAUCAUUGUGAUUCCUGUUAAUUGAAUUAAAUCAAGUCGGCCACUAUGAUUGUAGCAAAGAUUUGGUGUUGAAAGGAGCCUCUCAAUUGGCUUUCUCGUCUAAUUUUGAGCAUUUUUCGAGCAUGGCCAACGUAACAUAGUAAAUGAACACCCGUGGGGACGAACCCCGACCCAGGGGUACUUUCUGUGGAAAAAGCUCAACCCUUCAAGAGAAAGUUGCCCAAUUUUAUUACGCACACGGUCUGUUUUGUAGUACCUAUCCCGGGGCUUUGGUCUUCGUCGCAAUUUGUGCAACUUUGCUCUCUUGUUAUCCAUUAUUAAAUUUGCCUCUCCCUGGAAAUUCACCUUUGCAAACAUGGACGUCGAGUGUGAAUUCCAGUUCGAAUGUACCACCUUUUUGUUACAUUCAACAAGUUGUCCUGAAGAGUACUGUCCUGCCGUGGGGGCCCGAAUUACACCUAGGUGACGCUUUCAGAGCGCCUCUUUACGAGGCUUUUAAACUUUUGGAAGUGGUUAGAAACUACCAGGAUGAUUCCACGAAGAAAACCUUAGGACACGUGUGUCUUCAUGUCGAGUCAAUUAAGAAAAGUAAAUCAAACUAUAAAAAUAUUUUGCCGGAGUAUAGUUGUUUGGUCCUGUCUCCUGCAAACUUGUGGCAACAGGAUGUACUAAAAUUCACACAGGAUAGCUCUCUACUCACCACAAUUUUUAACCACCAUAACUUUCAAAAAGGCAAAACAUCAAUAACCGAAAUGAUGUUCGGUAUGAAGGUUUUUGACACCGGUAUUAAAAGGUACCCUUGGCGAAACCGCUACAGAAUUAUCCAAUACGCAAUAACACUUUUUUUUAAAGAAUAUGACGAGAAAUUUGUUAAUGGUUUGCGAAGAAAACUCCAGUCGGUGUAUCCGUUACACCAAAGUUUAGAAAAUCGAACAGAUGUUAAUUUUGCCUCGCUCAACGAUACUCUCAUAAUCCAAUAUCCCGGUGAAAUCAAUUUCGUCGAAUUCAUUCCCAUUACUUUGGCUUUUUUAAUUCUCUUCCUGUAUUUUUACUUUUCAUUUCGCAAAAUCGAAUUAAUUCAGUCGAAAUUAGGAAUGGCAUUCACUUCCGUUCUGACCGUUUGUGCAAGUCUCACUAUGACUUACGGUUUGUGUUUUUUCUUCGGCUUAACUCUGAACCUUGAAGGAAAAGUUGUAUUUCCAUACUUGGUGUUGCUAGUUGGCUUAGAAAAUGUCUUAUGCUUAACAAAAAGCAUAGUUUCGUCUCCACUUCACCUCGACGUGAAAAUUCGCAUAGCUCAAGGUUUGAGUAAAGAGGGUUGGUCCAUCACCAAAAACCUCUUAUUAGAAAUCACGAUUUUGACAUUUGGGAUAUUUACGUUUGUUGCAGUCAUUCAGGAGUUUUGCAUUUUCGCUGUCGUGGGCCUCGUGACUGAUUAUUUCAUGCAAAUGAUUUUUUUCUCGACUAUUUUGGGGAUUGACAUUCGGAGAAAAGAAAAUAUCGUGGAGAAACACAAUUUGAGUUUUCGAAGUAGUCUCUUUCAAAGUCAGGUUUUCUACGAUAAGUCAUUCGGGAUUCGGCGUUCAAAGUCGCACCCUAGACUCUCCUCGUUCCCGGCGAACAUCGUCGCUGGGCAAGUCCAGGGGGCCCAAGAGAAAAAAAUCCCGAAAAGAUUGAAACUUGUGAAUAUUUGGACCAGGACUCGGUUCUUCCACCGGGCCUUUAUGAUCUUAAUGGUGAUUUGGAUUUCGAAUAUCGCCUACAAUAGUGGGUUUAUCGAACACUUCAUCUUGAAUAACAGUUAUUUUCAUGAAAUUGACGAACAAAAUAGUACUAACUUGGAACAAAACUACUCGAGUAUCAAAUUGUUUCCAUUGUUGAAUACGAAUAAUUCGUUUAUAAACAAAGUGAGUUACGUUACUCACAGCCCUCUCAAUUACAACCACAAUCAGAGUUACGAUUUGGAGAAUUUGAAGCAUUCGGAUUACGAGCCUUGGUUGAAAUUAUCGCCACAACACUGGGCCAGUAUCGUCCGGAAAUACAAUUUGUCCUUGAGUGGGCAUUACAUUGCCGUUUUGCCCAAUAUUAAACUCUCACACGUGAUACGUCCAGAGCAGGCGGCGCUUUUGCGCAACCCCCACGAGAAAUACGGGGAAAAAUUCCAGUGGCAGGCUUUGGCCGCAGCCUUGGACCCAAUUGACUUCAAUGGAAUGGAGACAGGGACCAGAUCGGCCAUACCCCAAUCCGAGCAGCCCUUUUACCCGACUUCUGUUUUCGCUAUGAUUCUGAUAGCAAUCCUGUGUUUUAUCAGUGUGGUGGUACUGGGGUACACAUUUGUGGUACUUUACCGGUGCAUUUGCUCGCGGAACUAUGCCGAAUGGCGCGCGUCGUGGUUCAGUGAGAAGAGUGAAGAAAACGUCGAAGAACCAGUUUUGUUAGAAGCAGUACCAGUGGUUCUGGAAGGGCACCAACAAGAAAUCGAAUGCACGGCCACGGACGGGGUGCAUUUAGUCAGUGCCUCCUUAGAUGGGCAACUGAAAGUUUGGGAUAGUAGUACGGGGGAAUUGAUAGUUAAUGUAGACAGGAAAGCGUACUUUAGGGGGUUUGAAUUGAAUGGUGGUUCUGAGUGCGAUGACAAUUCGUCUGACUAUGAAUCGGGCUCUCCGCCGUCCCGAGGGGAGAGCUACUUGUUUCCGCGUCUCAAACAACGAAUUAAUACGAACUUUUCAAAUGUUAAAGAACAGUGUAGCUCUUAUAAUGCCAAAGCAGAUUUUUUGAAAACUUACCGAGAGUUGUAUUUUUAUCGCAAUUUACCGAAAGCUAAAAAUAGGAAAGAGAUAAAUAGGGCCAAAGAAAAUAAAUCGAUUAGUUUUAGUGAAAGUAAUCAAAAGUUUAGUGAUAACGGACACACGAAAGUUGAUAAUUGUGACGCUAAACUCUCACCCAUUUGGUGUAUGGACUACCUGGAGAACUUGAUCGUUCUUGGGUGUGCUGAUGGGCGGCUGGAGUUCUGGGAGGGCAGUUCGGGACGGUUGAAGUGCAUCUUUGAAGACGGGACUGAUGUGGGAAUAAGCAAUUUAAAGAUCGUGGGAUCCCGAAUAAUCGCAUCCCGAUUGUAUGGCACCUUGGAGAUGUUUCAGUUACAAAGUUACAAUCGUGGUCAUCCAGUUGAUUGGAAUUUUACUUGUGCAUAUCGACGAACUCAUGUAAGAACUGGUUCAGUUGGUUCCGUCCCUGAUCACAGCAAUUUAAUUUCACAAAACGACGACAACGAAGAGGAUUUCCGGUGCUUAAAAGUCUUCAGUGUGAAAGCCCACCAACAACCCAUCAUUUGCCUCGACUGUGAAGGAGGCAGGAUUUUAACCGGCAGCCAGGAUCACACUCUCAAAGUGUUCCGGUUGGAGGACGGCAGCCCCCAAUAUACGCUGCAUGGCCAUUGUGGCCCCAUUACCUGUUUGUUUAUUGAUAGGAUUAGUCCGGCGACUUCGGGGAGUGGGUCUCAGGAUGGCAUGCUUUGCGUUUGGGAUCUACUAACGGGUGCCUGUAUGUACAACAUCCAGGCACAUGAUGGUACAAUAACAUCGCUGACAUAUUCUGCCAGUUAUGUGAUUUCGUUGGGCUCCGACGACCGUAUUUGUGUUUGGGAACGUUUCCAAGGCCAUCUCCUAAACACCAUUUACGUUUCGCAAACCUUUGCAAGCCAGGUUUUGAUGUUGGCCCCCCAUUUGGUUGUCACGGCUCGUAGUGGAGGUCUUGUUAUUUGGGAUGUGAGGUCUGGUGAAUGUGUCCGAACGAUUAUAUUAGGCCGUUCACCGUACAUAUUUAUCAAACAGUUGAUGUUAUUACGCGAUGCGGUGGUCUGUGAUUACGGAAAUCAAUUGCGAAUUGUGAGGUUUCCUCUUAUCACGCAUAAAUUUGACUAGGUUGUCUCUAUGUGCCUUCAGUGAUGUAACAUACUUUCGUCUAUUUAUGUCUUGUUUUAAAUUUUUUAUGUCCUUUACGUAAAAUCAUGAAAACGUAAAUAUUGUAAAUUUUCCCUGACAUGGUUUCGAAUACCUGAUUAUUUUCAUUAAGUUAUUUAUUUAUUUUGGCGGAAAUAAAUGCAUUUAACAUGAGUUUUUAUUAAUGUUGUUAAACACUUUUUUGUAACAAUAAAUAUGUAUUUUAAAUA